AUGACCUCCACCGUCGACGGGAGGGUGACCAAGCUUCGAGCCUCGUGCGAUGCAUGCAACGAAGCCAAGGUGCGCUGCAGCCAGACGAAACCCACCUGCGCACGCUGCGAGAAGAACGAUACAAAUUGCGUCUACGGCCUCUCUCGACGCAGUCACAAGAAUGCACCCCGCAUUGGAACCUCCCAGGGCUCGGCCUAUACCCACUGCCCGUCACCCUCAGGCCACACGCGGACCAUGUCCAUCUCUGAAAAUACAACCAGCAGCAACACCUCUUCUUCCUCGUCGCCGCCGUCAAGACUACGCAGCCAGCCAGAUUCCCCGCUGCCAUUGCCCGCAGCAAUCUCACCUCCGUCCGCACCCGGGACAAGCCACAGCAAUAUCAUGCUCGGCACAGCACAGAUGAACACAACAACACAGCUCCCCACCCUCUUCCCCGAUGACCAUCUCUUCUCCGAAUUCGGCCUUGCACUCGAUGGGACAGGGGCAGAUGUUUUCGGACAAGACUAUGACAUGCUCGAUUUUCCUCCGUCUUCUAGCCCGCAGAAUAAUCCCAUGGGGGACAGCAUCAUGGGAGGCGAGUUGCUCGAAUAUGCGCUUCCGCUGCAGCAGCAGCUUGAGCAGCAACACCGCCCACCCCCACAACCCCCAACUAACACCAACAGCCCCUGCUCGUGUGCCUCGCGGCUCAUGACGGAAUUGGCCGCGAUGCCACCGGGGUCUGCCGCUUCGUGCGACCGCUUCGAUGCGCAGCUAUCGCAGUUACGGCGGGUGAUUAACAUUGCCGAGGACUGUAUUACGUGUCCGUGUACCACGCAAGAUGACAUGUCAAUUAUGACAACAAGCAUCCUGAUCGGCCGCGUAAUCCAAGGCCUGGAGGCCUCGCUCAUGCGAACAACAACAUCGCCCUACUCCUCCUACUCGUCCUACUCCUCAUCCGCCCCUGCAUCCUCCACCUCAUCCUCCUCCGCCCCCGACACAGCGCCGAAGCUCUCCCUCGGCGAACUCCAAAUCGACCCGGAAGAAGAAAACCAGCUGAAGCAGCACCUGUGGCUGCUGCAGUUCCGCAAACUGCGGAAGGUCAUUUCGAAAAUGAGUGUUUCGGUGCGGCUGUUGACGGGGACGGGGAAUAUUGGAGCGACCGGGGGUGGAGCGGGGAUGGGUGGGAAUGCGGGGGGUGGAAUGGUGCAUUCACAUGUGGCUGGUGCAAAAGGCGGAUGGGCUCAAGGCGCGGUAUGA